AUUUACAAGUGAAACCCUGUCACUAUAAAAUGAUGAUCAGGUGAAUGGCGCGUAAACCCGGAUGACUCUGCACCUUGUGCCUCUCUCUGUUCUGAAUUCUGAUGCUCCAAGUCCAAACCAACAGAAUUCAGGUUAGAGAUGAAUAGUGAUGUCUACUCUCGUUGGCUAUCUAGACAAGCAAAUAUCCCAAUAAGCUUAUAUAUAGAAACGUGAGAUUUGGAGUCGAUUGCUAACAAAUCCUGAUUACUACUGGCCCAAAAAAACAGGUCUCAUAAUCCUUGCAAUUAUCCGUUACCAUUAUUUGUUCUUGCUAGCCACGCACCAUUCUUUCUGACAUUCUUUGAUUCGUAGAUCAAGCUUAGCGAAUGAUCUAUCAAGUUUGUCAGGCGAGAUGAAGCAAGUUCUGGCCCCCAUAAUAGCCUUGGUCAUUGGAAUUGGAACACUAGCUUUCAUGGCCAUUAGUCCUCAGGUUUGCCAUGCUGCUGCAGGAGGAAGUGCUACUGUGGCGAGAAGCAUCUUCGUCAGCAAGAAGGGUAGUGGUGCUGAUUUCACAAGGAUACAAGACGCCAUCAACUCCGUCCCAUUCGCCAACCGGCGGUGGAUCCGGAUUCACAUCGCCGCCGGCGUCUACAAGGAGAAGGUGAGCAUACCGGCGAACAAGAGCUUCAUCUUGCUGGAAGGCGAGGGGAGGCAGCAGACGUCGAUCGAGUGGGCGGACCACGCCGGCGGCGGCGGCGGGGACUCCGGCACGGCCGACUCGCCGACGUUCGCCUCGUACGCCGCCGACUUCAUGGCCCGCGACAUCACCUUCAAGAACACGUACGGGAGGAUGGCGCCGGCGGUGGCGGCGCUGGUGGCCGGAGACCGGUCGGCGUUCUACCGGUGCGGCUUCGUGGGGCUGCAGGACACGCUGAGCGACCUGCUGGGGAGGCACUACUACGAGCGCUGCUACGUCGAGGGCGCCGUCGACUUCAUCUUCGGGGAAGCCCAGUCCAUCUUCCACCGCUGCCACAUCUCCACCGCGGCGGCGGCGGCGCCCGGGUUCAUCACGGCGCAGGGCCGGAGCAGCGCGUCCGACGCGAGCGGGUUCGUGUUCACCUCGUGCACCGUCGGCGGCGCCGCCCCGGCGUACCUGGGCCGCGCGUGGCGUGCCUACGCGCGCGUCGUGUUCUACCGGACAGCCAUGUCCGCCGCCGUCGUCGGCCUCGGCUGGGACGCCUGGGACUACAAGGGCAAAGAGGAGACGCUGGAGAUGGUGGAGUCGGGGUGCACGGGGCCGGGGUCGAACAGGACGGGGAGGGUGCCAUGGGAGAAGACGCUGAGCGGGGAGGAGCUCGCCAAGCUCGUCGACAUCUCGUACGUCUCCCGCGACGGCUGGCUCGCCGCUCAGCCACGGUAGCUAGCGCUCAACAUGGGGAUUGCAAAUAAAGUGUUUUUUUUCCAGAGAACAAUUGCUAAUUGCACAGGAAUAGGGAGCUUUGGGAUCAGUCUGAUGGAGGUACAACUGUAGAAGCAGGAAAGACAUGCAAAUUUUAUUUUAUUUUUAAUAGCAAAAAUGAUGCCUAUCGAAGUGGCACAUUGACAAUCACAAACAUUACAACACUCUCCACGACCGGUGAACACAUUAGCAUCAGACUAGAUUUUUUUUUUCGUUGAGAGAAUCGAUAGUACACGAUGAUA